GUUGAGGCAGGUUUAUUUAUAUGCCACAUUUAAUAAACGGUUGCCACUCAAAUAGCGCAUCAAGCACUAAUCUUGAAAUCUUUUUCUUGCAGUGACAUAAAUUGGUUCACGAUGAAGAUGGGCAUACAGAUUUGUAAAUUUUUCCUCUUCUUCUUCAACUUUCUGUUCCUUAUCGUGGGUCUUGGGCUAACCUGUCUGGGAACAUAUGUUCAGGUCAUGGCUACAUUUUCGGGAUUUUACCCAAUCGGUCAGAAAACAUCACCAUUCAGUACUGGUCUGACGAUGUUGAUCAUCGCCGGUUUUCUGACAAUGCUGCUCGCUGUUGUCAGCAAUCACGGUGCAUGCAUGCACAAAACAUCUGUUCUUAAUGUGGUAAGGAAAAUACUCAUUACAGAUGCAUCAUACUUAUUCGUAUACCACAAUGAUCUCUGAAGAUUUGCAUGUGAUGACGUUGAAACAAAGCUGUAAAGUCAGUUCAGACAGCACAGAUGCAGACUACAUGUAUUUAUAGAACUGAAGUGUAUGCUGGUCCACUCUGAAAUAUGUAAACAGCGAACUAUUGGCCAAACUCUGGGCACUUUUCGUUAGGGAAUUAUUGCUGAACGGGUCCUGUUUAAUAGCUUUAAAGAGAAAU